AUGUCUCUGUCUCCUGCCCUCAUCGCUGGAGGUGUGGUUGGGGUCUGGUUGGGGUCUGGUUGGGGUGUGGUGGAGGUGUGGUGGAGGUGUGGUUGGGGUGUGGUUGGGGUCUGGUGGAGGUGUGGUUGGGGUGUGGUGGAGGUGUGGUGGAGGUGUGGUUGGGGUGUGGUGGAGGUGUGGUGGAGGUGUGGUGGAGGUGUGGUUGGGGUGUGGUGGAGGUGUGGUGGAGGUGUGGUGGAGGUGUGGUGGAGGUGUGGUGGAGGUGUGGUGGAGGUGUGGUGGAGGUGUGGUGGAGGUGUGGUGGAGGUGUGGUGGAGGUGUGGUUGGGGUGUGGUGGAGGUGUGGUGGAGGUGUGGUGGAGGUGUGGUUGGGGUGUGGUGGAGGUGGGGUGGAGGUGUGGUGGAGGUGUGGUGGAGGUGUGGUGGAGGUGUGGUGGAGGUGUGGUGGAGGUGUGGUGGAGGUGUGGUGGAGGUGUGGUGGAGGUGUGGUGGAGGUGUGGUUGGGGUGUGGUGGAGGUGUGGUGGAGGUGUGGUGGAGGUGUGGUGGAGGUGUGGUGGAGGUGUGGUGGAGGUGUGGUUGGGGUCUGGUGGAGGUGUGGUGGAGGUGUGGUGGAGGUGUGGUGGAGGUGUGGUGGAGGUGUGGUGGAGGUGUGGUGGAGGUGUGGUUGGGGUGUGGUGGAGGUGUGGUGGAGGUGUGGUGGAGGUGUGGUGGAGGUGUGGUGGAGGUGUGGUGGAGGUGUGGUUGGGGUGUGGUGGAGGUGUGGUGGAGGUGUGGUGGAGGUGUGGUUGGGGUCUGGUGGAGGUGUGGUGGAGGUGUGGUGGGGGUGUGGUGGAGGUGUGGUGGAGGUGUGGUGGAGGUGUGGUGGAGGUGUGGUGGAGGUGUGGUGGAGGUGUGGUGGAGGUGUGGUGGAGGUGUGGUGGAGGUGUGGUUGGGGUGUGGUGGAGGUGUGGUGGAGGUGUGGUGGAGGUGUGGUGGAGGUGUGGUGGAGGUGUGGUGGAGGUGUGGUGGAGGUGUGGUGGAGGUGUGGUGGAGGUGUGGUGGAGGAGUGGUGGAGGUGUGGUGGAGGUGUGGUUGGGGUGUGGUGGAGGUGUGGUGGAGGUGUGGUGGAGGUGUGGUGGAGGUGUGGUGGAGGUGUGGUGGAGGUGUGGUGGAGGUGUGGUGGAGGUGUGGUGGGGGUGUGGUGGAGGUGUGGUGGAGGUGUGGUGGAGGUGUGGUGGAGGUGUGGUGGAGGUGUGGUGGAGGUGUGGUGGAGGUGUGGUUGGGGUGUGGUGGAGGUGUGGUGGAGGUGUGGUGGAGGUGUGGUGGAGGUGUGGUGGGGGUGUGGUGGAGGUGUGGUGGAGGUGUGGUGGAGGUGUGGUGGAGGUGUGGUGGAGGUGUGGUGGAGGUGUGGUGGAGGUGUGGUGGAGGUGUGGUGGAGGUGUGGUGGAGGUGUGGUGGGGGUGUGGUGGAGGUGUGGUGGAGGUGUGGUGGAGGUGUGGUGGAGGUGUGGUGGAGGUGUGGUGGAGGUGUGGUGGAGGUGUGGUGGAGGUGUGGGUGGGGUGUGGUGGAGGUGUGGUGGAGGUGUGGUGGAGGUGUGGUGGAGGUGUGGUGGAGGUGUGGUGGAGGUGGGGUGGAGGUGUGGUGGAGGUGUGGUGGAGGUGUGGUGGAGGUGUGGUGGAGGUGUGGUGGAGGUGUGGUGGAGGUGUGGUGGAGGUGUGGUGGAGGUGUGGUGGAGGUGUGGUGGAGGUGUGGUGGAGGUGUGGUGGAGGUGUGGUGGAGGUGUGGUGGAGGUGUGGUGGAGGUGUGGUGGAGGUGUGGUGGAGGUGUGGUGGAGGUGUGGUGGAGGUGUGGUGGAGGUGUGGUGGAGGUGUGGUGGAGGUGUGGUGGAGGUGUGGUGGAGGUGUGGUGGAGGUGGUGGAGGUGGUGGUGUGGUGGAGGUGUGGGUGGAGGUGUGGUGGAGGUGUGGUGGAGGUGUGGUGGAGGUGUGGUGGAGGUGUGGUGGAGGUGUGGUGGAGGUGUGGUGGAGGUGUGGUGGAGGUGUGGUGGGGGGGUGGGUGGAGGUGUGGUGGAGGUGUGGUGGAGGUGUGGUGGGGGUGUGGUGGAGGUGUGGUGGAGGUGUGGUGGAGGUGUGGUGGAGGUGUGGUGGAGGUGUGGUGGAGGUGUGGUGGAGGUGUGGUGGAGGUGUGGUGGAGGUGUGGUGGAGGUGUGGUGGAGGUGUGGUGGAGGUGUGGUGGAGGUGUGGUGGAGGUGUGGUGGAGGUGUGGUGGAGGUGUGGUGGAGGUGUGGUGGGGUGUGGUGGAGGUGUGGUGGAGGUGUGGUGGAGGUGUGGUGGAGGUGUGGUGGGGGUGUGGUGGAGGUGGGGUGGAGGUGUGGUGGAGGUGUGGUGGAGGUGUGGUGGAGGUGUGGUGGAGGUGUGGUGGAGGUGUGGUGGAGGUGUGGUGGAGGUGUGGUGGAGGUGUGGUGGGGUGUGGUGGAGGUGUGGUGGAGGUGUGGUGGAGGUGUGGUGGAGGUGUGGUUGGGGUGUGGUGGAGGUGUGGUGGAGGUGUGGUGGAGGUGUGGUGGAGGUGUGGUGGGGAGGUGUGGUGGAGGUGUGGUGGAGGUGUGGUGGAGGUGUGGUGGAGGUGUGGUGGAGGUGUGGUGGAGGUGUGGUGGAGGUGUGGUGGGGUGUGGUGGAGGUGUGGUGGGGGUGUGGUGGAGGUGUGGUGGGGUGUGGUGGAGGUGUGGUGGGGUGUGGUGGAGGUGUGGUGGGGUGUGGUGGAGGUGUGGUGGAGGUGUGGUGGGGGUGUGGUGGAGGUGUGGUGGGGGUGUGGUGGAGGUGUGGUGGAGGUGUGGUGGAGGUGUGGUGGGGGUGUGGUGGAGGUGUGGUGGGGGGGUGGUGGAGGUGUGGUGGAGGUGUGGUGGAGGUGUGGUGGAGGUGUGGUGGAGGUGUGGUGGAGGUGUGGUGGAGGUGUGGUGGAGGUGUGGUGGAGGUGUGGUGGAGGUGGGGGAGGUGGGUGGGGGUGUGGUGGAGGUGUGGUGGAGGUGUGGUGGAGGUGUGGUGGAGGUGUGGUGGAGGUGUGGUGGAGGUGUGGUGGAGGUGUGGUGGAGGUGUGGUGGAGGUGUGGUGGAGGUGUGGUGGGGCUCAGACUCUCUCUCUCUGUCAGGGGUCUUGUGCUCGGGCCCCGCCGCUCACACACACAUCCAGCUCUGUCUCUAUCGCACUUCCACACACAAUUUGUUCCCAACCCGCGGCUGCCCAUCAGGACGUGA